AUGUAUGAUUCUAUGAAAUUGAUUUCUGAUGUUUAUUUACAAGAAUCAGAAAAGGAUCGUAUUGAAAAUGAAAAAAAACAAAUCGAAAAAGAAAAAAUGGAUUUAUUUUUCAAUAAUGAAAUUAAAAAAUUAGCAAAUAUAAUUAAAGACAAGAUAAGAAUUCCAUGGGCAACAAAUAUAAUAGUUAGAAAACGUCCAUCAGAAGGUAGAGCAUGUAGUCAUUGCGGAGCAUUGGGACAUACAAAUAGAAUGUGUUUUUUAAGAAGAUUUGCUCAUAAUGUUGUAAAUGUAGUUGGUAUAAGAAAAUCUGUUAAAAAAUAUUUUGAAAAUCCAAAAUCUAGAUUAACAUUUUGUAGUUGUUGUGGUAAAAUUGGUCAUAAUAGAAGAAGCUGUAGGGUAUAUGGUAGAGGUGCAGGUGCAGCUAAUUGCAUAACACAAAAUCAUUUAAGAUGUCAAUUUGUUUAUUAUUAUCCAUAUUUUAAUAAUAUACCUUAUCAUCAUGUAAACAUACCUUAUCAAUAUGUAAAUAUACUAUACCGACAACAAUUUAUGAAUAUAUCACAACAACCAUUUGUUUUUUAUAAUCAAAAUAUUCCUAAAAUACCAAAAAUUCCUAGAGUACCAAAAAUACCAAGAAGACCUAGAAUUCCAAAUUAUAUUGCCACAUGUGGAUGUUGUGGUAAUGAAAACCAUAAUCAUUAUGAUCCUCAAUGUCUAUUUCAAAAUGGAAUAGUACAACCAUGUUUAAAUCCUAGAUUAAUAAAAUUAAUUAGAGAAUUAAGAUUGUGGUAUGUUAAAAAUAAUAGACCAGUACCACCGAAUAUUGAAAUUCAAUUAGAAACUAUAUUAGAUCGUAUGAAUAGAAAUAUUAACACUCAUUAUACAAAAACAAAUGAUAAUAUUUUUAAUCAUUUUAAUCAAUUAAAUCAAAGAUUAAUAAUAGCUGGUAAAACAUUAGAUAACUAUAAUCAAAAUCUUAACCAAAUUAAUCAUGAUAUCAAUAAUAAAUUUGGUCAUGUUAGAGGUAGUAUCAUUAAUCUAAAUCGAAAUUUUAAUACAUUGGGUAAAAAUCUGAACAAUGAAUUUAGAAAUAUUAAUAAUAAUAUAAAUCAAAGAUUCAACAAUUUCAAUUUAAACCUUAAUGGUAUUUUUGAUAAAAUAAAUACCAAUAUCGAUAAUACAAACCAACAAAUUAAUACAAAUUUUAGAGAUUUCAAUCAAAGAAUUAAUGAUUUAAAUCAAAAUAGUCAAAGACUUAAUAAUAAUUUUGAUAAUUUAUUCCAAAGAAUCAAUAAUAAUAAUCAAGAAAUAGGAAUAUCUAUAAAUCAUUUUAAUGAACAAAUAAAUGAUAUUAAUCAAAAUAUUUGUAGUAUAAAUUUUGAUAAUACACGUUUAGAUAAUUAUUUACCAAAUUUAGAAAAUUUAUAUACUCAAUUAAUAACAAGAAAUAAUAAGAAUUUUGAAGAAUUAUUAAAUAAUCUUCAAAAUGAUAUUAGAACUAUAAAUUUAAAUAAUGAACGUUUACAACAAUAUAUAACAAAUUUUGAAAAUAUGCAAAAUCAAUUAACUACAACAAGAAAUAAUUAUAAUCUUGAAGAAGCAUUUAAUAAUUUUAGAAAUAAUAUUAGAGAAAUGGUAUUUAGACAAUUAAAUAAUAAUCAAAGAGAAAUAUUACGAAGAAUUAUGAGAAUUAACCAACCUAAAAGAAUGAGUAUUACACAUAGAAGAACAAUUAAUUAUCAAUUACCACAAAUACAAAAUACACCUAGAAUAAUAAUGGCUGAAAUGCAAAUACAUUCUCAUAGUGGUAAUCCUUUAGGUCAAGCUAUAUAUAAUCCUGAUAGUAGUGGAAGUAUAAUAUAUAUUACUGAAAAUAUAGUUGGUAAUACAUAUGAAUUAACAGAUGAUGAGAAUGAUAACGAAUGA